AUGGGAAACAAGUCAGUUUAUGUAUCUCUUCAGAUUGCCUACGAUGACUCCUCAGGGUACUACGCUCACGUUUGUGGUGGAACCCUUAUCAGUGGCCAGUGGGUCCUGACUGCAGCCCAUUGCCUCAGCAUCUAUGACAUUGCCCUGCUGCACCUCAAAUCUUCUGGCUAUGCCAAUGGGUUUGUUGAGAUGGGAGUGCUUCCACCUCAAGGAGACAUUUUGCCUGAUUUCUAUCCCUGCUAUGUAACUGGAUAGGGGUUGGUUAGUGCGGAUGGCAGAAUUGCAGACAGACUGCAGGAGGUGAUGCUGCCAGUGAUUGGCCAUGAGAUCUGCUCCCAGGACGACUGGUGGGGUUCUCAAGCAAAACCCACUAUGAUCUGUGCAGGUGGAGAUGGCACAAGGGCUGGAUGCAGUGGGGACUCUGGGGGUCCUCUCAGCUGCUACAGAGACGAUCACUGGGAAGUCCAUGGGAUUGUCAGUUUUGGGCUUGUUCCUUACUGUAACACCUACAAGAAGCCAACAGUCUUCACACGUGUGUCAGCCUAUGUGGACUGGAUCUACAGUAUAAAUCUUCCUUAUUACAGCAAGCGCAACCGAAAACGAAACCAGCAGCGUUCAGGCUUGUGA